ACAACUACAUCAACAAAAUGAAAAGAGACUUAAAAAAUAAAACAAUUGUGAUCACCGGAGGCGCUGUAGGCAUCGGAUACGCCAUCGCUGAAAGCUUCUUACAAAGAAAUCCAAGAGUCGUCAUAAUUUUGAACACUAACGAAGAGCGAGGUAGGGAAGCUACAAAAAAUCUAGCGGCAAAAUAUGGUAAAAACAAAGUCAUAUAUUACAAGUGCGACGUUAGAACAGACUUAGAAGUUGUUUUCAAUAAAAUCAUAGAAGAGUUCACCACUGUUGACGUGUUAGUUAACAACGCAGGAAUAUUAAACGAUACUUACUUAAAGAAAACUAUUGAUAUAAAUGUGAUCGCCUCGAUGGAAUGGUCCUUCAAGUUUUGGGAACACAUGAGGAUGGACAAAGCUGGAAAAGGUGGUACAAUAAUAAACGUUAAUUCAAUUUACGGAUAUAGAGCAGACCCAUAUGUUCCUGUCUAUCACGCCUCUAAGUUUGCCAUAAUGGGAUUUACAAAGUCGUUGGGACACGAGUAUAACUUUAGUAAAUAUGGCGUCAGAGUAGUGGCUAUUUGCCCGGGAUUUACCGAAACAAAAUUGGUGGAGAAUAUGAUAACAUGGACUCCUGAAAUAGUGGAAGAAUUUAAUAAUGAUUACUUAAAGAAGCAAUUGUGGCAGAAACCAGAGGCAGUUGGCAAGGUGGCAGUCGAAGUGUUUGAGAAUGCUGACAGCGGCACGGCCUGGCUUAGCGAAGGAGGACAGCCUGCCACACUAGUGGAAUAACUCAAGCGCAAAUAUACUAGUAAUUAAGGGUGCAGGCAACCGAUCCCGUGAUCGUAAGUUCAAAUGCCGCCAUUCGACUGUUGUCGUUAACCAUGUCCUCUCAAAGCCUAGAGCUUAGUUGGAAUUGUUAUAAGAUACAAUAAAUAUAAGUAAAUUACGAAAAAUGUA